AAAAUAGCCAACUUCCGUUCUCUUUCUCACACGUGAAAUAUUGUGUGUUGAUUUAGAUAAAAGCAUCUUCCAGACUGAAACUACAACCAUGGCGUCCUUUACGAAGGCAAACAAGGCAUUGCGUCGGACAUACAAAGAAAGGAGUCAGCCUGAAUCCCGAGCAAAAUUGGGCAUGUUAGAGAAGAAAAAGGAUUACAAGGAAAGAGCAGACGAUUUUCAGAGAAAACAGAAAACGCUGAAAGCUCUGAAGCGCAAGGCUGAGGACAGAAAUCCAGAUGAGUUUUACUUCAACAUGGUGAAAACUCAGAAAAUGGAUGGUGUUCAUCAGAGACGAGAGAGUUCAGAGCCGAUGAACACCGAGGAACAGCUGAAGCUGAUGGAGACGCAGGAUCUGAGAUACGUCAACUUUAAACGAUUCACAGAGAAAAAGAAAGUUGAGAAGCUGAAGUCAUCACUGCAGCUGAUAGACAGCGAGAGCAAACCCAAAAAUAAACACAUUGUCUUUGUGGACAGCAAGAAAGAAGCCAAGAACUUUGAUCCUGCCAAACAUUUUGACACCCACCCAGCAUUUGUGAACAGAGCUUACAACCGUCCAACUCGAAGCAUGCUGGAGUCAAUGGACCUUAGUAAGAUGAUGGAUGAGGAGACGCUGAAGGACAUCGCCGUGGCAACACACAAACGCUACAGUGAGUUGGGCAAGAGGAUAGAGAGAGAGAGGGAUCUGAGUGUCGUGGCAGACAAGAUGGAGACCAAGAUACAUCUAAUGGACAAGGAAGCUAAGAAGGAGAAGGUCAAGGACGAGACAAAGACUGCACCUGCUCAAUACCGAUGGAAGCCUGUCAGAAAGCGAUAACUCACAGCUUGAUUUUUGUACAUGUUGUAAAUAGUAAAUAAAUAUUGGCCCAUGA